AAUGUAAGAAUUUUAAAAUAUUAGUGUACACCGAGUGGCGCUAUUUCCGGAUAUCCGGCAUGUUGUUAAAUUAUGUUUAAGUUGUGACCGUCUCUUCCGUUAAAAACAUUUGUACGGAAACGAUAGUUUUGUGUUGUUCGGUAAAUAUUUAGUUAUGUUAUAUUCGAUUAAAAAUAUGAGGUGCCUAAUUUGGGACUUUGUUAAAUAACAUAAGUUAUCUUAAACCAAACACGUUCAAAUAAUAUUAUUCAAUUGAAAAUUUCUUGGUUACUACAGAGAAAAUUAACUGAUGUCAAUUGAACGUGUCUUGAACACACAGAAUAGUCAAAGAGAACAAUUAAAAAAAAGAUAAAAAUAGUAAUAUGCAGCGAAUGUGGUUUAUAGAAAACAAAGGAGAGGAAGUCGAACUACUACAGGCAGUGUCCAAAGGUACUUCCGUCGACGUAACAUCUAACAAUAUUUUAUCCAACAUGAGGGGUUCCAAGAGAGAUUGGGUAUUUAGAGUACAGGUGUCGGAUUUGGAAAAAAACGAAUGCUUAUACGUUGUGGGAAAUUUGCCUGAAUUAGGGGCAUGGAAUCCUAAUCAGGCAAUCCAAAUGUUUCAAGAAUAUAAUGCUCAAAAUGUUUCCGAUUGUAAGAACAAAAGUGAAUUUUAUGACGCUGAUGCACGCGCAGAAGCAGGAUAUGGUAUUUCUAAUGAAAUAGAUAAAGGACAAAUUUUUUCUCAAAAGAUUACACUACCCGUUGAUGCUGAUGUAGAUUAUCGAUAUUUUAUUGCUGUUAUUUGCCAAUCCAAUGGUACUAAAAAUUCUGCCAAGACUCUCAUUAUACGCAAAUGGGAAACUCACAUGAUACCUCGUCAGAUUAAGAAAAAUCUGCCUGGUAACUUCCUUAAUAACGCAUUGCCAAAUUCAGAAAUAUUUGGUUGUUACAAUGGUUAUUGUAAAGUUGAACGUGGUUGGCUUACAGAUGAGACUGUGAUACAAUUUAAACUUUUUUAUAAUCCAAUUAAAUUAUGGAAACAGCGGUUGCAAAAUAGAAUAGUGCACAUUAAGAUGACUCCAGUAAAUUUAAUUAGGCAGCACUCUUUAGAAUUACAACAGUUUGGAAAUGAGUGUAUUGAUGAUAGCCUUUCUAUGGACACUCAAGACAUUGAUCAAUCUGCUUUUAGUAUUACAGAAAUUGCUGUAAUGAAUGAUGAAGAAACUCGCUUUAAAUAUCAAGAACAAUUUGGUCGAGCUUGCAUAGAAGACGAAUUUAUUAUCUUCAAUGUUGCUGUUCGUUAUCCCGAAACUGUUGCAUAUUUAGUAGACUACUACGUAUACAGUUCGAGGAGUUUCCCUGGCGAGCCACCAAAUCAUAUUGGAUUCAGUUACAUAUUGCCUAGUACACUGCAAUCUAGUGUUGGAAUGCUGACAGUGCCGAUUACUAGCACAAGACAUAGACCAAUUGGACAAUUAACAAUCGAAUAUGUAGUAAUAAAACCAAUCCCAAAUUAUCCAUGGGAUAUGAGUAUUUCAUAUACAAAGCAUUGGGAACAAAGAUGGUCCGGUUUAGAUGUUGGUCAUAGAGGACUCGGCACUUCUUUUAAAUAUGAAACAAAAAAUUGUGCCAACGUAAGGGAAAACACUUUAGCAUCUUUAAAAACUGCAUCAUAUCACGGUGCUGAUAUGGUAGAAUUUGACGUUCAAUUAUCGAAAGAUCUUGUGCCAGUUGUAUACCAUGAUUUUUAUGUAUCAAUUUCAUUAAAACGUAAAAAACAGAUAGAAGCAAUGGACACGUUAGAGAUACCAGUAAAGGAAUUAACUUUGGAACAACUUCAUCUAUUGAAGGACUUUUAUUACCCGGAUGAUUCGUUGGGUAAGGUGCUGUAUUUCGUUGAUAAAAGUGAGCAGGGGGUAAACCAACUGGUUUACCACGUGGCUGAAGGUAGAGAAAAAAUUGCUCGAUUUUUUGAUGAAGAUCUAGAAGACCAUCAACCAUUUCCUACUCUUCAAAGUGUACUUCUCGAGUUAGAGCCACAUGUUGGAUUCAAUAUUGAAAUUAAAUGGACUAUGCAGUUAAAGGAUGGUACAUUCGAGCUCAAUCAUCCAUUCGAUCUUAAUAUGUAUUUGGAUAUUAUAUUGAAAGUUGUUUUGGAGUAUGGAGGCGACAGGAAAAUAGUCUUCUCAUCCUUCAAUCCUGAUAUUUGUGCUAUGAUACGUUUGAAACAAAACAAAUAUCCAGUAGUAUUUUUAACUCAAGGUGUAACUACGAAAUAUCCAACGUAUCACGAUCCCAGAUGCCAGACAAUACCAAUGGCUAUAAGACACGCAUUGUCGUCUGAUAUUUUAGGAAUUAAUGUGCAUACCGAGGAUAUUCUUAGAGAUCCUUCUCAAGUCAAAUUAGUAAAAGACGCUGGUUUAAUUAUUUUCUGUUGGGGCGAUGAUAAUAACGAUACAGAUACUAUUCGUCACCUUAAAAAACUUGGUCUACACGCAGUUAUAUAUGAUAAAAUGGACGUAUAUAAUUCAAAAGAUGUUAAGGAAAGUAUAUUCUUAGUGGAUGCAAGGGAAAGUCAAAAAGCAUUAAUAGCUUUUAAUAGCAUUAAUAGUCAAGCAGGUAAUACGCAACAAAAUCCAAUUAUUCCUGAUUCGAUUAAUAUGGAUUAUAACGCAGAGAAGGAAUAUUUGGUAGAUCUUAAUAAGACACGAAAUUUAUUAUCAACUUCAACGGCAACAUACGUAUCCUCUCGUAUUAACAGCAGCACUGCUGGUGACAACAUAUCCAUGAUUAAAAUGCCAUCUUCUUGGCAACAAUCUUCAGGAAAAAAUGAACUUGGUGGAGAUUUUAACGUGUGCGCUAAAUCUUUUGGAAAUCCGGUCAAAGCUAUUAAUAUCUCUGAUAUGGUAUGUGGCCAAGCCACUGUCUUGCCCGAAGCCUAUGGAGAAGAUGAAUCUGCAAAGGAUUGUCUUUGAUGUUUCUCAUUGAAAAAUUCCUUCGUUUCUUGGUUUUAAUGCAUAAUAAGAAGCACGUUUGGAAUAGGAUAAACGAAGCAAGAAAAAAAUGACAAUUUUAUGAAUAAAUCAAUAUGUCAAUUUCCAACAAUGUUUAUAAUAGUGCAGAGAGACUAUCGUUGUUUAGAUUAUUUUUAUCAAUUUGCGUUAUACUAAAAUAACUCAUAUGACCAUAUAUAUGAAGAAUAUUUAUAAGUAACAGUUAAUCUCAAAUUCAAAUUGAUUUGUCUGUUUCUAAUCUUCUAUUAUUCCAAUAUUCUAAUCUUUUUAUUGGAAAAACAAAUUGUACUUCAACAUAAGUUAGCCUGUUCGGUUCCUAUAAUUACUGGAUUUUUAUAAAGACACGACAAAAAUGCUUAAUGUUUGUUUUUUUUUAAAAGAAAACAAGGAAAGGAAAAAUAUGCAAUAUGAAAAUUUACAAAAUAUUUUUACUUACCUAUUUGUCACUGCUUUCACGAUAUAGAACUAUAUCCGUGUUACGUAACUCGAUAAAAAUUUACAUUGCAAUAGUCACGUAACUUUUUAUACAUAAAGAUGAUUUUAUUCUCGUGUCAUAUAAUUGGGUACUCUUAGACUAAUUAAAUCUAUUUAUAAUUGUAUAUAUUGUAUAUUAAUGCAAAUUACAUAAUUAAUAUAUCCAAUUGCUUUUCCGUUCUAUAGGUUCAAUCCUAAUAUGAAAUUGUAUAAUUACAUUAGGACUGCCAUUAAACACAGUAAUUAAAAGCGAACCAAACAUGCUAACGACGUUCAAAGUUCCGAUUUUACAAAUAAAUGAUAACAUAUACGUGAGUGUAUAUAAUGAGAAUGAGAUAACGUAAUUAUUAUAUUACAACUAUAAUAUUACCGUCUAUUUAGCAAUUUUAUGACGGAUUUUACAAUAAAACAUUUGGAAUGAUUCAUUUUAUUAUUCGUUCCAAGUAUGUAUGUAUAAUAUCAAAGGAAUAUUUUAUAAAUGCUAGUAACGAGAGUUACAAGUAGAUAAUAAUUCUAAUUUCUAACAAAUUGUCGCGAGUAGUAGCGAGAGUUCAACUUUUUAGUACAAAUCUUUUUAGGUAUAUUUUUAUUUAAACUGUAGCAAAUGUAAAUUUCCUUAUUGAAAAAAAGAAGAAAUAAAUAACGAAUACGAGGUAAAAGUUGUUAAGUAUACUUAA